AUGUCUAAAAUUUGUGGAACAAGUGGGGGUAAAGGAAAUGUAGGUAUGUUUAUUGAAAGAGAUCAAAAUGUAUACGCAGCGGGCAUGCCAAGUUCACAGCCCACGAGUAGUGUAUCCAGCUGUCUUAAGCAUUAUUUAAUGGAAGAAGAAGUAAAUGCUCUGAUAAGCGAUUCUAUAAUGCCUUCAAGCAAACCACAAAAACUGCCACCCUUACGCCAUCUACCUCCUAAAGACAUGAGAAAUGCUGGACCAUUUAGUGAAGCUGCAACACUUAUCAAUCCACCUAACAAAACCAAAUUCCAAACUUUGGUUGAAGAUUUCAAAGAAACGUCAUAUACGUCAUAUUGGAAAAAAGCCGUUGGCAAAGUAUCAGAUCCUGUUCCAACUUUGCCUGCUGGAUUUGAUGUGAUGACAAUGUUAGGAAACAAAUUACCGCCUUCUGAACAGUUAUAUGAUGUUGUUAUGCCUAAAGUGCCUUUACCUGAUAAAACACCUAUAUCGAAGGAACCUGGACAAAAGACAAAUCGUAAUUACUGUCAACCAAGUUAUAAUCCAAACAUCACAUUCGGAAAAAAAGACAACGUUGAUCCGAGGGGUAUUUUAGUUAAAUGUUGUCUAUCAUACGAAAAUAAAUAUCAAGGGACUCAUUUGAAAAAACCUAUAAACACGAUUUUAUCUCAAUUUCAAAAUGAGACACAAGCUAAAUUAGCUAUUUCAUUAGAACCAAAUAAUAAUAUUACUUGCGUACCAAAAGGUCAUGCAUUUGGAAAACUUGAACCUCCUAGUAGCCACGUUGUAGAAUGCCUUACAACUUGCGAACUAAAUCCCGACCGCGAGUUAUAUUUAAAAUGUUUAGCUCAUCUAAACACUCUUCGAAAAUUUCUUUCUAAAAGAUUUGACAGCACAUUUUUUAAAAGGCUAUAUUUAAGUUUGAAGUAUGUUGACGAUAAGAAAACAGGAUGGCUCCCAAAAGAUAUUAUUUACAAAUAUUGUAAUGAUAAGUUGAUAAUUAUAAAUCCAAUAUUACUUGAACCACUACUUUCCUUGUGGAAUGCAUUUGACGGAUCUCAAAUUGAGUAUAAGAUCUUUGUUAAUAUUAUCAACUUCACACUGGUUAUACCUGAAUUACCAAAAAUAUGGGAUAUUCCCGAGACAUGUUUAGAUUUUAGGACAACAUAUAAGGAAAUGGUUAAACCUAGCCAAGAAGUUGAUAAACGGGGUAGGGCUGGUUUACCGUCAGGUAGGUAUUUUGAUAAGGAUAAUCCAGUAACACCCAAUGGGUAUUGUAAGGCAGAUAGGGCAUAUUUGCCAGAUGAAUCUGAUGCAAGAUCCUGCUUAAAUCCGAGUAUAAUGACUUUACUUGGGGUGAGUCACCGCGAUAUGUACGCUAAGCGUGAUCAAACAACAGUAAAAAGAGUUUUUGAAAGUGCCGGUGAGAAGUUUAAUGACAACCAAUUUGAUGCUAUAUGGAAUAACGCUAAAAAAUUUCACUCUCAAGGAUGGGUAUCUUUUGUAACCUUUCGUCGUAGUAUUGAAGAAAUUAUGCCCAAACACAUGAAGAUGUAG